CCCUCUGUAGUACGUUAACAACUGAAGCAUCCGCUCGCGUUCCUUUCCUCUCGACUCCUGUUCUUUCCCAGGGAGUCCGCCAUUGUUGGCGCACGUAUAAUUCUGACCAGGCUACUGAAAUCGGACAACAUCCAAAAUGGUGAACUUCACAGUAGACGAGAUCCGUGGGAUGAUGGACAAGAAAAAGAACAUCCGAAACAUGUCCGUCAUCGCCCAUGUGGAUCACGGAAAGUCAACUUUGACCGACUCCCUUGUGUCCAAAGCCGGUAUCAUUGCUGGUGCCAAGGCUGGAGAGACACGGUUCACUGAUACUCGAAAGGAUGAGCAAGAACGUUGUAUUACCAUUAAGUCAACUGCGAUAUCGAUGUACUUUGAGCUCGAAGAGAAAGACUGUGUCUUCAUUUCAAGCCCUGAUCAGCGUGAUAAGGACGAGAAGGGUUUCCUGAUCAACUUGAUCGAUUCACCUGGACACGUUGAUUUCUCGAGCGAAGUCACAGCGGCCCUUCGUGUCACAGACGGAGCUCUCGUUGUCGUCGACUGUGUUUCUGGAGUAUGUGUACAGACGGAAACUGUUUUGCGUCAGGCUAUCGCCGAGCGUAUUAAGCCAGUUUUGUUCAUGAACAAAAUGGACCGUGCGCUUCUUGAACUUCAGUUGGAGAGUGAGGAUCUUUAUCAGACUUUCCAACGUAUUGUUGAAAACGUGAACGUAAUUAUUGCCACGUAUUCCGAUGAUGACGGACCCAUGGGUGAAGUUCGUGUUGAUCCCAGCAAAGGAUCCGUCGGUUUCGGUUCAGGUCUUCACGGAUGGGCCUUCACACUGAAACAGUUCUCUGAAAUGUAUGCCGAGAAGUUCAAGAUUGAUACGGUCAAGCUAAUGAACAGACUCUGGGGAGAGUCGUUUUUCAAUGCCAAAACGAAGAAGUGGAGCAAGCAGAAGGAGGCUGAUAACAAGCGUUCAUUCUGCAUGUACGUUUUGGACCCAAUUUACAAGGUGUUCGAUUGUAUCAUGAACUACAAGAAGGAUGAAGCCGAUUCUCUUCUCCAGAAGUUGGGCAUCACCUUGAAACCAGAAGACAAGGACAAGGACGGUAAAGCACUUUUGAAGGUUGUCAUGAGAACUUGGUUGCCCGCUGGUGAAGCUUUACUUCAGAUGAUAGCCAUCCAUCUUCCAUCGCCUGUGACCGCACAAAAGUACAGAAUGGAGAUGCUGUACGAGGGACCUCAUGAUGAUGAGGCUGCCGUUGGUAUCAAGACUUGCGAUCCCAAUGGGCCGUUGAUGAUGUACAUCUCAAAAAUGGUACCAACUUCCGACAAAGGUCGUUUCUACGCUUUCGGUCGUGUUUUCUCUGGAAAAGUAUCGACUGGCAUGAAGGCACGUAUCAUGGGACCCAAUUUUACGCCCGGAAAGAAGGAAGAUUUAUACGAGAAGGCUAUCCAGAGAACCAUCUUGAUGAUGGGGCGUUAUGUUGAAGCUAUUGAAGAUGUUCCUUCCGGUAACAUUUGCGGUCUCGUGGGAGUCGAUCAAUUCUUGGUCAAGACUGGUACCAUCACCACCUUCAAGGAUGCGCACAACAUGAAAGUCAUGAAAUUCUCUGUCUCACCUGUCGUGCGUGUAGCCGUCGAGCCCAAAAAUCCAGCUGAUUUGCCCAAGUUGGUAGAAGGAUUGAAGCGUUUGGCCAAAUCUGAUCCUAUGGUGCAGUGCAUCAUUGAAGAAUCUGGAGAACACAUUAUUGCCGGAGCCGGCGAACUCCAUCUUGAAAUUUGUCUGAAGGAUCUUGAAGAGGAUCACGCGUGUAUACCAAUUAAGAAGUCGGAUCCCGUUGUAUCGUACCGAGAAACCGUUUCCGAAAUAUCCGAUCAAAUGUGCUUGUCCAAGUCACCCAACAAACACAACCGUCUCUUCAUGAAGGCCGAACCUAUGCCUGAUGGUCUCCCCGAAGAUAUCGACAAUGGAGAAGUGAAUCCACGAGAUGAUUUUAAGGUACGUGCUCGCUAUCUCUGUGAUAAGUACGACUACGAUCUAACAGAAGCUAGGAAAAUCUGGUGCUUCGGUCCCGAUGGUACCGGACCCAAUAUUCUCGUCGAUUGUACCAAGGGAGUGCAAUAUCUUAACGAAAUUAAGGAUUCUGUCGUCGCUGGAUUCCAGUGGGCAGCGAAGGAGGGUGUACUCUCUGAAGAGAACUUGAGAGGAGUCCGUUUCAACAUCUACGACGUGACGUUACACGCUGACGCGAUACACAGAGGAGGUGGACAAAUCAUCCCCACGACGAGACGUUGUCUUUACGCGUGUCUCCUGACCGCCUCCCCAAGACUGAUGGAGCCCGUUUAUUUGUGUGAAAUUCAGUGCCCUGAAGUCGCCGUUGGUGGAAUCUAUGGUGUCUUGAAUCGUAGGAGAGGACAUGUUUUCGAGGAACAACAGGUGGCUGGUACCCCAAUGUUCGUCGUUAAAGCUUAUCUUCCCGUAAACGAGUCGUUCGGUUUCACUGCUGAUUUGCGUUCCAACACCGGAGGACAGGCCUUCCCACAGUGCGUGUUUGACCAUUGGCAAAUCCUUCCCGGAGAUCCGUUGGACCCCUCAACCCGGCCAUACGUAGUUGUUCAGGAAACUCGUAAGAGGAAGGGAUUGAAAGACGGUCUCCCAGACUUGGCAUCGUAUUUGGAUAAAUUGUAACUGUCAUGCACUUUAUUUAAAUAUUAUAUAAUUCAAUUAAUUGCUGCAACAGUAAAAUAUACCAUCGGUUGUUGAAGAACUCUUUGUUUUUCAUAAAUUCGCGAAAACCAAGAGCGGAAAUAAAAUGUAAGAUGAGAGAGAGAGAGAGAGAGCAGCAGGAAAUGCUUAAAAAAUUGUAAUUACUGUGGCCAAGAUGCAGCUUGUAAUGGGAGAUAUACUGUUUUUAUACGUUUAUUUAAAGAAAAAAAGUAAAUACCACGAUUACUACUCAAAAUAAUAUUUGUCCAGGGUAUCUCGCUUUGUAAUGUCGAGAUGCGGGGGACGCACACGAUAUUAAAGACACGAAAAAACCGGCUUAAACAAUUAAUUGCCUUUGUCAAGAAGAAAUUUAAUGAGAUCACGAACUUAGAUGCUACUUUUCUUCCUUCAGAAAUUUAAUUUUCUGUAUUUUUUACGUUAACUUUUAAAAUGUUUAUUUCAGUCUUACGUUAUUGCACGUUUGAUAUUUUUCCAUUUGACUGAAACAGCAUAGAAAAAGUAAUCGACAACAGUGGAACGUUUGCAACAACACAAUAUACUUGUACCGUGAGACGAUUAUGAAAUAACAAAACUUUAAAAAACGGAAGGUA